GUCGACGUGUGCAGAAGUCCUGCUAGUCUGGUCCUUGUUCCCGUCUGGGUACCAGCUUGCUUCAGCAGCGCAGCCGGUGGGGCCCGAGGCUAGGAGAAGGAGAAGGAGUCAGCUUGCCGGAAUUUUGCAGGUCUGCAGGUCUGCAGGUCUGUUGUUCAUAGCAGUACGCAGGGCUAGAAAAGGCGAGGAAGAAACUGACCGGAUCAGUACGGAAGUAGUUGUUUUCAAAGAAGAAUAAGCAGAAAAAAAGAAAGGAAGAGGGAACGGAAGGAAGAGAGACAGAUACAAGAUGAAACCCUGUCAAAAGAUUGAAGGAAAACCAGAAAAUGAGAGUGAACCAAAACUUGAGGAAGAGCCAAAGCCUGAGGAAAAGCCGGAGGAGGAGGAAGAGCCAGAGGGGGAGGAAAAAACGGAAGGAACUUUUAGAGAAAGGCUGAUUCAGUCUCUCCAGGAAUUUAAAGAAGAUAUACACAACAGGCAUUUAAGCAAGGAAGAUAUGUUUAGAGAAGUGAAUGAAUUAGACGAGAUAAGGAGAGUAAGAAACAAACUUAUAGUGAUGCGUUGGAAGGUUAAUCGAAACCAUCCUUACCCCUAUUUAAUGUAGUUUACCUUGAUUUUUAUUUUUCCUGAUGUUAACAUUACUUUCUUUUGAUUUGCGUUUUCCCAAUACACCUUUGUCCAUCUUUCUACUUUUAACUUGUUGCUAUUAGUGGUUUUAGAUGCAUCUCAUUGUUUAUUUUACUUCAAACCAAUCUACAAGUCUUUGCCUUUUAAUAAGAGAACUUUACUCAUUUGUACAUAAAGAGGUUCCUGACAGGAUAUAAAAUGAAAAAAAAAGUUGCUACGUAAUAUGUGAAUAUCAUAUUUUUGAAAGGGAAGAGUACAUUUGUAUAUUACAUAUAUGCACAGAAGAACAUGUGAAGGAUGAAGGACAAAAAGUACAGUCAGUGGUAGGAUUAUGAGUGAUUUUUUUAUUCAGCUUAUUUGUAUUUUUCCUUAUUCCUAGAAUGUACACACAUUAUUGUUAAAAAUAAUAA